UUUCAGUGACAGCAUGUGUUGCAAACGACCAGAAGCCGAAUGAAAAAUGUUCAUCCUAAACCGUAGGAACUUUUUAAAGCGAAUUUUAUCGUAUGUGCCAUGGAAAGAGACGAGAACGAUCAGUAAUCUGCCCCUUUUCGCAAAUGCGGUCAACUUUUCAGACAGAACAGCACUAUAUGACGGAGCUGGUAGUUACACUUUCGGCAACAUAUUUGCGAGAGCCGCAGAGCUCUCGUCUUCUAUAUCUAGUAGGCUGAGUGGGAAAACAAACGAAAGGGUUUUGUUUCUGUGCUCUAACGACGUCAAUUACGUCAUCACUUUGUGGGCCAUAUGGAUGUCGGGCCAAAUAGCUGUCCCUCUAAGCCCGUUACACCCUGUCAAAAUUCUUCAAUAUUACGCGCAGGAUACCGGCUGUAAACUAUUGAUCACGGCCCCACAACACCAGGAGGUAAUGAGGAAAAUAUCCAAAACAACUAGCACGAAUUUGUACGUCAUCGAGGAAGGAUUACAAAAAUUUGCGGGAUUGAAUACUACAACUCCUGAAGAUCUUCGGGGCAAAUUACCGUCAGAUUUUAAGGAAAAUAGCAAUGCCCUUAUCUUGUACACCAGUGGAACCACGGGAAAUCCAAAAGGCGUUGUACUGUCCCACAAAAAUCUUCUGGUGCAAACCAACACCCUUCUCCAAGCAUGGAAGUGGUCAUCCGAAGAUGUCAUACUACACACCUUACCCCUGCACCACGUUCAUGGCACCGUUAACGCACUAUUUUGUCCCCUCCAGAUCGGAGCAAGAACUAUAAUGCUUCCUAAAUUUUCCACCGAAGAAGUAUGGUCCCACCUUUUGGGCACCAACGAAACUUUAAGUAACGUGGAUGUUUCCGUGUUCAUGGCAGUACCGACCAUCUAUUCCAAACUUAUAGAUUACUACGAAAAAAACUUAAAAGGCAAAAAAGAAGACGUUAGGAAUCGCCUGAAAAGUAAAGUUAGGCUUAUGGUGAGCGGCAGCGCACCCCUACCUGUGCCUCUGUACGAAAAAUGGUUGGAAAUAUCAGGCCAUAGACUGCUGGAGAGGUACGGAAUGACAGAAAUAGGCAUGGCUCUUUCCAACGAGUACGAUUCAGACAGAGCACCAGGUUACGUUGGUGUGCCUUUGCCUGGUGUCUCCGUUAGAUUGUCGGAAACAACAAACGACAUCCACAACACGCUUCUAGAAUGCAAAAAUGAAAGUGGAACCAUCAGUUUUAAUAAAAAAGCAAAUAAAAACACACAAGGAGAACUACUAGUCAAAGGAGGGGGCGUCUUCAAAGAAUACUUCAACAAACCCGAGGCCACAAGGAAAGAAUUUACUGAAGACGGCUGGUUCAAAACUGGGGACAUGUGCGAGUACGUCCCAGAGAAAAAUAAAUUCAGGAUUUUGGGGAGGACUAGCGUGGACAUUAUCAAAUCUGGAGGGUACAAAAUCAGUGCGUUGCAAAUCGAAACCGUACUUCUAGCUCAUCCGGAUAUUAGAGAGUGUGCCGUGCUCGGAAUCAAAGAUGAGGUGUGGGGGGAGAAAAUAGCUGCCGUGGUGGUCCUCAGAAAUGGGGCCGAGGUCUCUCUAGACAAGCUAAGGGAUUGGGCCAGUGAUAAGAUGCCGAAAUACGCGUUACCUUCGGAAUUGAAAGUUGUGGAAGACAUACCGAAAAACGCGAUGGGCAAAGUGAACAAAAAGGAGCUAGCGAAGAGUACUUUUUGAUAAAUUUUAUGUUCCACUUCAGAAGAUGUGCCAGCUAUUAAAAGUAUAAAGGCUAAAAAAAUAUGUAAAAUGUAAGGUCACAAUGUUAAGUUACAAACAAAAGUAUAAAUAAAA